AUGGCAUUCUUCACCUCCCCCCUUUACGUCUUCACCACCGCCUUCCUUCUCCGCCUAACCCUCCUUCUCUACGGCCUCUACCAAGACGCCCACUCCCCCCUAAAAUACACGGAUAUAGAUUACCAAGUAUUCACCUCGGCCUCCCUCUACAUAUCCCGCGGGCAGUCACCCUACGCCCGCGAAACCUACCGGUACACACCUCUCCUCGCCUUCCUCUUACUCCCCACGACAUGGGGACCCAUCUGGUUCUCCUUCGGCAAAAUUCUGUUCGCUGUAGGCGAUCUAGUCGCUGGGUUUUUAAUCGUGCGGAUUUUGAGAAACCAGGGGAUGAGUCAGGAGAGGGCUCUAAAGUAUAGUAGUAUUUGGCUAUUGAAUCCUAUGGUGGCUACGAUUUCGACGAGGGGGAGCUCGGAGGGAUUGUUAGGCGCGAUGGUGGUUGCGCUGCUGUGGGCAGUGUUGGAGAAGAGGAUUUGGCUGGCGGGAGCGCUUUUGGGGUUGGCGGUGCAUUUUAAGAUUUAUCCUGUUGUUUAUGGGAUGUCUAUUAUCUGGUGGUUAGACGCUCAACAACUUGGUCAGGGGGUUAAGAAUGCCGAUACGUUGAUGGGAAAAGUCAAGAAUUUCUUGAAUCCGGCGAGGGUUCAAUUAACGAUUGUCUCGCUACUGACGUUCAUGGGGUUGAAUAUCACCAUGUAUAUCCUCUACGGCUACCCUUUUCUACAACACACCUACCUACACCACGUAACGCGGAUAGACCAUCGACACAAUUUCAGUCCUUACAACAUCCUGCUCUACCUCUCUUCUUCACAAGACGCCAAAUCAGGAAUCCGCUUCGAAUCUCUAGCAUUCAUACCGCAGCUAUUCCUCUCCGCAAUCGCCAUCCCAUUUAUGUCAUCGAAGAAAGAUCUCCCAGCAACAAUGCUAGCGCAAACAUUCGCAUUCGUAACUUUUAACAAAGUGUGUACGAGCCAGUAUUUCCUCUGGUACACCAUUUUCCUACCUUUAUACCUACCCAACAGUAGUUUAAUCAGCAACCCCCGUCUCGGAAUCUCCGUGUUAGCAGCAUGGAUAGGAACGCAAGCACUUUGGUUACAUCAAGGUUUUGCGCUUGAAUUUCUAGGAAAGUCGACUUUUGUACCAGGAUUAUGGGUGUCUUCAUUGCUAUUCUUUUUGACGAAUGUGUGGAUUUUGGGCAUUAUUGUGCAGGAUGUUGGGAGAAAUCACAGCCCAAUCGGGCAAAGCAUCCAAAAGGGAGAAUCGAGUAAGAAGAUAGAGAAAGUUGUUAAAUAG